AUGCAGGAACAAUGGGAGAAGUGCAACGCCUUUGUACUCGCGUGGAUCAUGAACAAUGUAUGGAAGGAAUUACUUACCGGCACUGUUUAUGCAACAGAUGCAGCUAUGGUGUGGGCAGAUCUGAAGGAAAUGUUUGAUAAGAACUUAUGUGGAUCAUUUAGCAUGUUUGAGGUUGUUUCCUUCCUUAUGGGACUGAAUGAAGUAUAUGGUAAUGCACGUAGUCAAAUCUUAAGGAUAAACCCUUUACCAAGUAUUGGAAAGGCAUAUGCUAUGAUAAUGGCACAUGAAGGCCAAAGAAUGACUGCAAGGUCACAUAUAGGGGGUGGUAUUCUAGAAUCAACUGCCCUAUAUGCAGGGAAAGAAAAUUAUCCAAAGAAAUAUCAGUUUAAGAAAAAGAACUGGGAUCAAAUAUGUUACUAUUGUAAGCUUCAAGGUCACAUCAAAGAGGAUUGCUAUAGAUUGAUUGGUGAUCCUCCUGAUUAG